GGCUGCAGGUCUCACAUCAGCAUCAAUCGGAUUACUUCUGCCUAAGGAUAGAUACAGCUGUUACAACCAUUCAGCGGGUGCUGCUUUUACUUAUAUAGUAGCCUGCGUUUAAUUAGAGAAUUUGUUAAUUGUUGUCGUUCUGUUUUUAUUAUUUCUAAUAAAAUAGUCAGCACGGGUUGAGAUGAGUUUGUAGCGCUCCUAGCUCCAUGCAAUAAAACAUAAUCACCUACUUGUGAAUGUCUGUCACUGUCCCCAUGAAUGAAACCGAAGACGCACGGAGACAAUUCGCGUAGUCACUACCAGUCCAGCUUUAUUAAAGUCUUCCUAACUAGUGCUUUUUCGACGAGAAAUUAAAAAAUGACCAAUUGGUGCUGAUAUUUAACACUAGUAAACAAAUCGAAUUAGUAACUAGUUAGCACUUUCGCCAACGACUAUGACUGAGCGGGACUCCUGUAGGGAUGCGUCCAGGGGGACCGAAGCAGCGGACUUUGCGCCGGGAGGGAUGUCGAGGGCAGGGAGGCGAAGCGGAGUCGCCUCGCUGGACCCGGAGUCCGGUUUUCCGGAGGGGAUCAGAGGGACUCCUCGCAGGAGCAGCAUAAUAAAGGACCUAUCAGUGCACAAAAUGGGCGGGAGGAAGAAGACGGUGUCUUUCAGCAGCACGCCGUCAGAGAGGAAGGUGAGCAGCGCAGCGGACUGCCUGGCCUUCAUGCAGUGCGGCUGUGAGCUCAGAAAGGUGCGACCCAAUUCGCGCAUCUACUACCGCUUCUAUACCCUGGACCCCUCACUCACCUGUCUGCGCUGGGAGCCCUCAAAGAAGGACAGUGACCGCGCCCGCCUGGACAUCAGCGCCAUAUGCGAGGUGCGCGCCGGCAAGUGCACGGAGACGUUCUGCCACAGCGGCACGGCCGAGUGCCUGGCAGAGGAGGCCUCCUUCUCCAUCAUCCACGGUGAUGGCUACCAGUCCCUGGAUCUGGUGGCACUUUCUCCUGAAGUCGCCAACAUCUGGGUGACGGGCCUGCGCUACCUGAUAUCGCACCCGGGCUCCGUCCGCGGCAGCGUCGACGAGGGGAGCCUCGGAAACCGACUGCGGCGCAGCUGGCUGGCCGCCGAGUUCGGCAAGGACGACGAGAACGGCUGCGGGGUGGCGUCUGAGGACGCGGCUGUGGCCGCCAUCUGCAGGCUGUGUCCCAGCAUCAGGGAGACCAAGGUACGACUCAGGUUUAAGGAAAUUCAGCGCAUCAAGGAGAAGCUGACCUCUCACGUGACCCUGGAGGAAUUCCAGGAGGUCUACUGCGAGCUGUGCACCCGCCCUGACGUCUACUUCCUGCUGGUGCAGCUGGCCCAGGACCGGGAGUGCCUAGAUGCUCAGGCGCUGCGGGGCUUCCUGGAGACGGAGCAGGGGCUCCGCUCCGCCACGGCCGAGGGCUGCCUGGACAUCGUACAGCACUUCGAGCCAUCGGCCUGGGGCCGCGAGCAGGGCCUGCUCAGCCUGGAUGGCUUUGCCCGCUACCUGCAGUCACCCGAGUGCCAGCUGUUUGACCCUAAACACCAGCACGUGUGCCAGGAUAUGAGCCAGCCGCUCACACACUACUUCAUCAAGUCGUCCUCCUGCUCCUACCUGUCUGAGGAGCUGGGGUGUGCUGAUCUGGGGGCAAUGCAGAGUGCUCUGCAGGCUGGGUGCCGCUGUUUGGAGCUCACAGUAACAGAUGGCCCUAGUGGAGAGGCAGUCUUGGCUGUGGAGACGAGUCUGAGCUUGAAUGACCCCAGUCAAGCCCCUACAGUGCCUAUUACCGCCCGUGCUGCCCUUGAAAUCAUCGACAAGUACGGGUUUGCGUCCUCGCCCUACCCUCUGCUGCUCUGCCUCUGCCAACGCUGCUCCCCAAACCAGCAGAGAGUCCUGGCUGAUCACCUCCGCAAGGUCUUCAGCUCUAGGCUCUACACCCUUGGGGCCCAAGAGGCACCUCCAGGUCCAGAAGACAGGCCUCAGCUGCCCUCCCCAGAGGAGUUGAAGGGCCGGGUUUUACUGGUGGGUAAGAAGCGGCCAUCAGAAGGGGAGAGCUCAGAUGGGGAUGCGUCAGAGGAGGAAGAGGAGCUGGAGGACGGUGGUGAGCUCACAGACCAGCAGAUGGCGCCCAAAGCCCCACAUCCACUGCGGUCGCGUAUUUGCGAAGAGCUUUCCGAGCUGUUGGUUAUGAGUCGCUCCAGUAGCCGCUGCUUUUAUAGACGCCGAGCCUGCCAGAACGAGAGCCCUUUGGCACCCCCCAACACCCUCAUGCCCCAGGCCCCCCCAUGCUGGACAGUGUGCUCCAUGGGGGAGGAUGAGGCGGCCCAGCUGGUUGGCGAGAGCACAGAGGAGCUGGUGGAUUUCACAGAGCGUGUGCUGGUGUGGGUGUGCCCAAGUGCAGAGCCCUCUGACUCCAGCAACGCCGAUCCCCAGGACUUCUGGAAGGCCGGCUGUCAGCUGGUGGCCCUCAAUCUGCAGAUGCCUGGGACCGUGCUGGACGUCCACAGAGCUCAUUUCGCCAAGAACGGCGGCUGUGGGUACGUGCUGCAGCCGGCCGCAGUGCGAGGGCCGGACCGCACUCCGGCUUCACUGGGCCGGACGCUGCGUGUCAGGGUGAUCAGUGCCCACGGUCUUCCGAAACCACAGGGCUCAGGCGCCAAGGGGGACAUCAUCGACCCGUACGUGGUGCUAGAGCUGCAUGGCGUGUCUGAUGACUGCGCUGAGGAGCGCACCGGCACCGGGGCGCAGAACCAGGAUGACCCACUGUUCGACGAAACCUUUGAAUUUCAGGUAAGCGUGCCCGAGUUGGCAGUCCUGCGUUUCGUGGUACUGGAUGACGAUUACAUCACCGAUGACUUCAUUGGCCAGUACAGCGUGAGCUUCGAGUGUCUGCAGCCCGGUUUUCGCACCGUGCCGCUGCUGGGCCUGACAGGCCAGCUGGUGCCUCAUGCCAGCCUCUUCAUCCACGUGGUCAUCGCCGAGCUGAAAGUUAGCGGCAAGCCCCACAAGCAGGCGCGGCGGGGGCACGGGUCGGUGGCCCUGCACAGCGUGGGCGUCAGGGCUCUGGACGACACCUUCCGCUCUGCGAGUGCUCCCCUGGGUGAGGCCACAGACCUGCGGGUUUCUGCACAGAGUGCCGUGGUCGCUUUCAAAGAGCACUUUGGGCUCCCCCUGGAGGUCACCUUCAAGCAGUGCAUUCAGAGCCUGGUGCCCCUUCUACAGGCCCCUGAUGGGUCCUUAGGGGCCAGUCUGGUGCUGAAAGAUGGCUACCCCUGCCUAGAGGUGCUGGGGAACUCGUCUGAAAGCGUACAGAAGCUUGAGGGCUCCUACAGCACUAUGAUCUCAGCGCAAAGACGGCUGAUUGAGAAUGCGGACAGGGUACAAGAAGAGAUAAAACAGGUGUCCAAGGAAGGAAUGGAGCUCCAUGAGAACCUGUCCAGGCUUGGGGAGAAGGAGGAACUGAAGGGGAGGAAGCAGAGUAAGGCUCUGGAGAGCUCGGCAUGGAACAUCACAGCACUGAAGGGACAGUGCGACCUAAUUUGCAGUGCCAAGGCAGAUGCACUGGAUGCCCUGAGAGAGCUGGUUCUGGCUUUCGAGGCAUGUGGGCUGAUGGCUAACGCUGAAGAUGCCCGACACGCUUCCUCCUAACCCUUAAGCUCAGGAUGACCUGUCCGGGAGGGAUGGUGCCCAAGACCAAGUAUGAAUUUGAGCUCCCUAAGUGUACAGGACAGAAAUAUGGGGGUGUGCUUUUCAUUGGCAUUGCAGCACUCAGCUCAGUGCAGAACAGGGUCCAGAUCAGCUGAAUGGGAAGGUUACAGACUUGCUAUCAGUUGGAUCUUUGGUGACAGUGAGCCGGUCAUUAGCAACUUUAGACAGUAAAAUUCUUGAUUGGCUCAUUAGACCAUAUCCUCCAAAUCCCAUGUCCCAUGAAUCUGUUUGUAAAUUAAGAAAAUUUGAGCCCUUACACUUUCUUUUAGAUCCAGCCAUGAUUUUUCACACUCAGAGACCAUGGGAGUUGUAGUGACCCUAAAGGUGGAGUGAUGUCAGGAUGUAGUGGCCAAGUCAGCGCUCAGCAAUGCCAAGCGAGAGCAGUCACCCAUAUAAGGUAAAGGAGGUGUUAUUUUGUGGGGGAGGGGGGUGGCAUUCUCUGGGAAUUCUCUGGCGGCUGGUGUGUUGAUUAGUUGCAUCUGUCGUUCCCACCCUCAGUCAUACAGCGUACAUAAACUGUUUUUUUCUUCCUCAAAGCAAGUGUGUAUGUUUACAUUUACAUUUGUUUGGCAAGUUUUUUGUUCAAAGCAAUAUGUGAAGCUAAAACGUAACAAGCCUCUACAGUGUAGCCAAAACACAUUUGCAUACCGUGAGAAAAUGGUUACAUCAUUUAAAAGCAAUUUCAGAAUAUGUUUUGAAUAUAUGUUUUUCUCGUUUCCUUACAUAACACACAUAAUUGUAACAUAUUAGACUGUUUUUAAAGUUUGUUCUUCGAUAUCCUCAAUAUAAUUUCAAUUUUUGAUGAUUUUUUUUUCACAGUGUACAAAUGUUUGGCUGCACUGUAGAUGUGAAGGAGUCCGCAUAGCCUAUCAGCACAUAAGCCUCCAAAUAUUUACCAGUAAUGAGUGGGAGAUGUAUUACGACCCUGCUUGUAGAAACCUUCCUGUUCACACAGUGUCCAUGUGGUUUUCCUUCCAGUCUCUGAUGAAACUCAGCUGUUUCUUUCUUAUCAAUUUUGCCAGCUUUGUCACCGCAGGGAGGUUAACUUUUGACCAGGCAACCAUAACACAGCCCAUACAUUUCGCUAAACGUCUUCUACCUCCCUCACUGCUCACCACCCUCUUCUGCGUAUGACUUUUAUCGGUGUGUUUGACAGCCUAGAAUUCUCAGUAGACUUGGUAGAUACAUUUUAUUCUGACAGCGGUUGCUCUUCUGUGUUUAUUAGACGUCUUUCUGUUCUCAGAGUAACGCCUCUGCUUUUGUCCCUCUUGUUUCAUAUUUCUUCUUUGCUUGUUCCUCCAGCUUCUCACACAAUAAAACAUGUUCUCCCUUCAA